AUGCCUUCGUCGACAACGGCCUCCCAAAGCGAGCUCAAGGCGAACGCAGUUCCACUACACUGGAGAGACUCAUGCUCUGCGUUACUCAUUCCGCUCAACGUCUGUCGGACGAAGAACAACUAUCUCCCAUGGGAAUGCGAACAUGAGAAGCAUGCAUACGAGAAAUGUCAAUAUGACGACUACCUUCGCCGGAUGAAGGAGCUGGCGAAACUCAAGGCGCAGGCACAAGCAGAGGAGUGA